UAGACUACUUAGUAUUUCAAUUUUCAAUGGUUUCUUUGCAGUAUGAUGUUGUUAUUGGGAUGGAGAUUGAGGCCUGUCCUGGUAGUUUUUAUUGGACUGCCUUUACUGAAACCCUGUCUGGUGGUGGCGUCGGUAGGUGAUACGUCGUAUGACUUUCAAUACUGUUUACAUAAUUGUGUGGAGGAAUGGAGUGGUACAAAAUAUCCACAAAAUCAGAUCGAUCUGCAUCUGCGAUGGUUAGGGUGGACUCCCGAGGAAGACUGUCAAUACACGUGCAUGCACGCCGUCACAGAAAAGGAUGUGCAAAGGGGUCGAAAAAUCCGACAAUUCUAUGGAAAGUGGCCUUUUAUCCGCAUUGCCGGGGUGCAAGAACCAGCAUCUGUCUUCGCGUCCAUACUCAAUGCCUGGGCGCAUCUCACCGGUCUGCAACAGUUCACUACCAACACUCCUGAAAGAUAUCGUCUGCGUGAGCUCUGGAUGGCGUGGUCGCUGUUCUCAGUCAACGCAUGGGUGUGGUCAUCCAUUUUUCAUUGCAGAGAUACACCCUUCACAGAGAAAAUGGAUUACUUCAGCGCUACAGCAGUGAUUCUCGUGCAGACAUACGCGGCAGCAAGGCACACAAACUGGAUUCGACGGAAGAAUUGGAUCUUCCCACUGGCCUUAACCUGUUUCUUCGUGUACCACAUUUGCUACCUCACAUUCCGGCAUAGGUUCGACUACUCUUAUAAUAUGGUUGCUAUGGUGACGCUGUCCGUGGUUCACAGUCUGUGGUGGUUAAUCUGGUGUGUGCUCUCCUACCGCGACAAACCCCACGUCCGCCUGUGUGUAGCCGCCAUCGCCCUGGCAGGCGUUUUCAUGGCGUUCGAAGUGUUCGAUUUCGCGCCUCUGUGGGGCCAUAUCGAUGCCCACUGUCUGUGGCAUUUUGGUACUGUGCCUGUGGCUAUUCUGUGGUACCGGUUCCUGAUCUUGGAUGCCCAGCAAACCGUCGAUGUAGAGCAUGGGGAUUGAAAUUCUAUUUAUCAACACUACGCACCUAUGAAGAUAUAUGGGACGGCAACACCUUUUUAUAUGAACACGCAAGCAAGCAGAGGUAUCACAAGCCUAGCUGACAGCUUACGGUUGUACUACUGUGAUCGUGUAGUUAGCGUUAAGACAUUUUUGAAUUCACUCAAAUAGUCGCAUACUGAUAUAGAGAUUUAGGCAAUGGAGAACCCUGGGGGGCGCUGUACGUAGUCAGUAUUCUACACAAUGAUCGAUAGUUUAAGUGAAAAAGACAUUCUUGGCAUUUCUGAAGGGUUCGAAUUCGCACCAGUCUCAACGCAAGUUCGUGACUGAUACCCACUCGGCACCCAAAGCGUGGAUCCAUUAGGUGUAGCCGCCGCAGGCUGGCACCUAGUAAGUAUGUGCGAGUGUGUACCAUGAGCUUACUGGGUAAUAGUCGAGGAAGCUCUUGAGUUGAUCAAAUUGAAACGGGAAUGUACCUGGUUUUGAGCGGCCGGACCGGAUGCGUGACUGUUGCAGCUCGCAUACGAAUCCAAGCGGCGGAUCCAGACACGCACGUACCCACAAGCACACAGUGUGACUUAGCUGAAGUAAAGGUCUCCAUCUCGGAGUAAAUUGGGUAAAGAAUAAGC